CUUUAGGUGGUGUCCGAUUUAUGCCCGGGUCGGAUACCGUGCCGACAUCGCGAACUCAUAGUGAACUAUAUCCAUGCAAUUGAUUUCAACGUGUAGAAGGGGUUGUCGAGUUGUAUAGAGACGACGGUUCAUCGCUUUACCUCCUGCGUUCAACUAGGUCUGCAUAUUCAUCUGUUCAUUCCCCUCAAUUCUCAAACGUCAUGGCCCAACAUAUACCUCCAAGCGGCGUCUGGUGCCCAGCCGUUACCUUUUUCAACCCGGAAACCGAUGAACUAGACCUUGAAUCGCAAGCUACCUAUUACUCAUACCUGUCGCAGACGGGGUUAGCUGGCCUAGUCAUUUUGGGUACAAAUGCUGAAGCGUUUCUGUUGACGCGCGAAGAGCGCAAGGCUUUGAUAGCUACGGCUCGCAAGGCGGUUGGACCUGACUUUCCUAUCAUGGCCGGGUGCGGAGCGCAUUCUACUAAGCAAGUCCUUGAGCUUAUUGGCGACGCGGCGGAUGCCGGAGCCAACUCCACCUUAGUCCUACCGCCAGCGUAUUUCGGAAAAGCUACGACGCCGGAGGUCAUCGAGAGGUUUUACAGCGACGUGUCCAAGGGUAGCAAACUCCCCAUCGUUAUCUACAACUUCCCGGGUGUGUGCAAUGGUGUCGACUUGGGGUCGGACAUUAUCACCAAGUUGGCUAAGAAGCACCCGAAUAUCGUCGGAACGAAGCUUACGUGCGGUUCCGUGGCCAAGAUCACUCGCUUGGCUGCUGCUCUCCCUAAUUUUGCAACGUUUGGGGGUCAAUCGGAUUUCAUCAUUGGCGGGCUGAGCUCUGGGUCUGUCGGUUGCAUUGCGGCCUUCGCAAAUGUGGCUCCUAAGACAAUUGCUAGGAUAUACCGUCUUUACCGGGAAGGAAAAUACCAAGAGGCCCUGGAAUUGCACCAGAAAGCUGCAUUGGCGGAGCAGUAUAUCAAGGCGGGAAUUGGCGCGACAAAGUACGCCGCCGCCAUAUGGACUGCGACAGCAGCCGGCAUUGCGGAUCCGAUCACCAAAUUGCAGCCCAGAACCCCCUAUAUUGCGCCAACUGAUGCUGCUAAGGAGGCCAUAAGAAAAGGCACCGAGGAAAUCGCAUCGCUCGAGGCUUCCUUCCCUCUCCGAUAGUAUUUUGAUUUUGAUGGGAUGAGAUAUCUCUUGGCAUAAACAUCUUCAAUA